AUGAAUAAAUCCAUCUGCUCACUUCACGACUAAGAGGAAGAAAAGUACAUUUGUGUCCAUCCAAUUUGUCUCAAAAAGGUCGAUAACAAGUUAUGUUGUAUUUAGUGCUACCAUUCCAACCAUAAAAACACCUAAUUGAUUGAUCAUGAUUUUAAGAACAUUUCAGAACUUGAAACAAUUGCUAGUUAAAAUUACUCAAAGUUAAAAGAACAUCUGGAUCACGAAAUUUAGCAGAAUAUAUAGUUACGUACAAAGAUUGAGGAACGAUUAUCGAAUACUUUACUUUCUCUUACUACUUGGUAAAAUAAUUAAAAAAAAAUGUUCAAUGAUAUAACUGAAAACUCCACCUAGAUCUUAAUUCAAAAUAUAAGAAAGGCUGAUACUCUAAUGAAAAGCCAAUCAAUAGACACAUAUAUUUAUUUUUAUAAAUUAAAUCUAUUAGAAAAUUAAAAUUAAAUGUAAGCUAUAAGGGACCAAUCAAUGAGAUAACUAGAAUAUUAGUUAAACUAAAUUGAAAUCAAGAGGGAUAUAUUGAUAAAUUAAAUAAAUUUCAUUUAAAGUGAACAUUUUCUAAGUUUUGCUUAAAUGAAUUACUAAAUAGAAUUAGGUAAUUUAAAUAACUAUUAAAUUGAAAAGUGUAAAAAACAUUAAUGUUAAAAGGAAGUAUUAUGUAUCCAUCCUAAUUGUUUAUAGAAGAAUCCAAUAUAAUUAUAGUGCUUACAAUGUAUUACACAAGAUAGCAAAGAACAUCAAUCAGAAGAUUAUAUUAAAUCUAUUGUUAUUGUAAUGGAAGGAUAGUCAUAAAAAAAAGAACUAAAUGAAGAAUUAUAGAAGAAUUUUAAGUAUGACAUUAAAAAAUCAGUUGAUAUUAAUUUAUUAAAAAUUAAUGAAGCAUAAUAAAAUUACUAUCAAAAUUAUGAAAAAUAAAAAGAAAAUUUAGUUUUAUUGGAAUAAUAAUAGUUAAGUCAAUUUUUAAAUCCUGAUUUUCCUAAAGAUUUUUUUGAUCAUCUUGAUUAGAAACCUUUUACAAUAACUAAAGAAUAAAUUAAUUUACAUUAUUAGUUGCUUCAUCAAGAUUACUAAAAUAAAUUUUAAGGUAUUUUUUCAAAUUAAGUCAAUGAUGAAUUAUAAUUUUUAACUGAGUUAGACUUCAAUUCAAAAAAAUUUCACUAGAAUAUUAUUAAUUAACAAAAAGAACUUGAACUAUGUUAACUAAAAUUUGAAGAACUUUAAAGGACGAUUCAAUCUCAUGCAUUUAAUAACAAAAUUGAAUAAUAAUUUAGCACACUGAACAAUUCAAUUAGCAGUUUUCAUUAAAAAUUGGAGGAUAAUUUUACAAAUUUGUAAUCCAAGCAUAAUAAAAUUCAGAAGAAUAAUAAAAUUCAAUUUAAAAUUUGA